AGUAAUUAAAUAGCACCAGGUGUGUCUCCAUCAUCACCUUUUACAAUUCCAGUGCUAGUAUACAUCCUCCAAUAUGUCAUCAAAAUCGAAAAAAGAUAUGGAAGAAGUAACGGAUAAAAUUUCCGACAUGUCAGUCGAGGAUCCAGGUAAAAAAUUAUCUCACAAAGAGAAGAAAAAAUUAAAAAAACAGCAGGAAUAUGAGAAAAAUUUGGAGAUGAUGACCAAAAUCGGUGGUCAGGGUCACAGUGAACUAGAUUCAAAUUUCACCGUAUCUCAAAGUGAAACACAAAACCGUGGCGCGCAAUUAUAAGAGCAUGCUGUUGACAUAAAAGUCGAAAACUUCAGUAUUGCUGCUAAAGGAAAACAAUUGUUCACUGAUGCUACUCUAUCGAUAGCUCAGGGUAGACGUUAUGGUCUCGUCGGUCCUAAUGGACAUGGAAAGACAACACUACUACGUCAUAUAGCAAAUAGAGCAUUCAAUAUACCACCAAAUAUCGAUGUACUCUAUUGUGAACAAGAAGUUGUCGCUGAUGACACACCAGCUGUUCAAGUUGUACUUAAUGCUGAUAUUAAAUGCAAAGAAUUACAAAAUGAAUGUCAGAAAUUAGAGCUACAAGCUGAAUCUAAUAGCGACGAAGCCAUCCAAGCACGAUUACAAGAGGUUUACGAAGAACUUAAAGCGAUAGGAGCUGAUUCAGCAGAACCACGAGCUCGUAGAAUUCUCGCAGGUCUUGGUUUUAGUCGUUCAAUGCAAGACCGACCGACUAAAAAUUUUUCCGGAGGAUGGAGAAUGCGUGUUUCUUUAGCACGAGCUCUAUUUGUUGAGCCUACACUUCUACUACUUGACGAACCCACAAAUCAUUUAGAUCUCAAUGCCGUUAUUUGGUUGGAUAAUUAUCUACAAGGCUGGAAAAAAACUUUACUCAUCGUAUCUCACGACCAAAGUUUUUUGGACAACGUUUGUACGGACAUAAUUCACUUGGAUCAGGAAAAAUUAUUUUACUACAAGGGUAAUUACACGUUGUUCAAAAAAAUGUACGAGACCAAGUGGAAGGAGUCUUUAAAGUUGUACGAGAAGCAGGAGAAACGUAUAAAAGAUUUGAAAGCUUCUGGACAGAGUAAGAAGCAAGCUGAGAAAAAACAGAAAGAAGCUCUGACUAGGAAACAAGAAAAAAAUAGAACUAAAAUGCAAAAACAGGAAGAAGAUACCGGCCCGCAGGAGCUUUUACAAAAACCGCGGGAGUACAUUGUCAAAUUUAGUUUCCCUGAUCCACCCCCACUUCAACCACCUAUUUUGGGUCUUCAUAAUGUAUCGUUUGGAUACGACAAAGAUAAACUAUUAUUUAAAGAUGUUGAUUUUGGAAUAGAUUUAAAUUCACGUGUUGCUAUUGUUGGUCCCAAUGGUGUAGGAAAGUCAACAUUUUUAAAAUUAUUAAUUGGAUAAAAAACAAGAUUUCAUGAUUGAUGUGUACAUAUGAUACGAGAUGAAGCAAGUGCAUGUGUGUUUUUAAUUAAAAAUAAAUCUAAGGCUUUUUUAAAAAUAUUAGGUUAGAGUUUAUCAUAAGUAAUUAGUUAUUUAUAAGAGACUGUGUUAUAUGUACCUUAAUUAUAUAUUUAUGUUGUAAUAAUUUGUAAUUAUACAUACUUCGCCAUUCCAUUAUUGUAC